ACCGUCCGCAUCUACUAGGGUCCGCGAUGGCGUCCGCCGAUUACCGCCCCUACCUGCACGAGCACCGCUCUGACAUGGAGGGCGACCACGUGCGCACGCACGCGGGCCCGGGUCCCGGACCCACCUGCAGGGCGCUCGUGCUCGGCGCGCUCGCGAUCAUGGGGCUGCUGCAGGUGGCGUCCAGCGUGGCCAUACUGCUGCACCUCACGGGAUACCUGCACGAGGUAGACUUCUCAGCAGACUACUCUUCCAUCCAGCAGACAGCAGUGGAGGAUAUUCAGUCCGGACCGAUCCGUGCCGAUGCCCUUAGGGACCCUCGGAAGAGGGACAGGGCGAAGUGUCAGAAGCACCAGAGGGAACCUGUACCAUCAGCCCACCUGCCCAUUAUGGUGCCCAUCAACUACGUCAAGAAGGGAGAGAUCGAGGUCACCAUGAUACAGUGGAAGGAAUCUCACGGGCACCUGCAGAAAAUGAGGUACCAUGACGGACGCCUGCUCAUCGAGGAGGCGGGACUCUAUUCCGUGUACGCCAAGACGUGCUUCCGCUACUACGAGGAGUCUAACACGUCAUCCGAAUACCUCCAGGACGGCAGCACGCAGCUCAUCCAAUACAUCUACCACGAGAAACACACGCAGAACACCAUCAAGCCCAUCGUGCUCAUGAAGAGCGGCAGCACCAAACGCUGGAAGAACCAUUUUUACAAUAUGUACUGUGAGCAGCAGAGCGGCAUCUUCACGCUGAAGGAGGGCGACGGCCUCUUUGUCAAAGUGUCCAACUCGUGGCUCUUGGAUCCGGACCCUGAAGGGAGUUAUUUUGGAGCUUUCAAGAUAAGCAACUGAAAAGUGCUUUCCUUCCUACUGACCGUGGCUGAGCGUACGAUCCGAUCUUGUGAACAUUCUCAAAAUGAAUAAGAACCACUGAGCACUUGUUUUGCAAAAGUACUGACUGUUAUUAUAUAUCCAUGGUGUCUGUUAUGAUGCUGAGAAUGUGCAGAGUUUUUAGAAAUGUCACAAACAUCCUUAAGAUGUAAUUCCACCUAAUCCCAAUAAGCCAUUUGCAAUUUUC